GAAUGUCAUUUUUCUUAAAUUUCGAGAUCUACUUUAAAGGGAGUUAAGUCAAGGACCCUACAUCGUAUUUAGGAUUUACUUUAAGAAAAAUAUUAUUGCGAAGAUCUUGAACAUGCUUAACGAUUGAAAAUGGAUUAGGGGAUGAAAUUGGAAAGCAAUAGUUCAGUGAAUGCGUAUUCCGAUUGAUUUUUCUUCCAAUUAGUUAGUAUGACGAUUAACUUCCACUUCCUUAUAAUGGAAAUUGAUCCAAUUGCGGGAAGAGGAGGUCAGGUGGUGUUUUUGGGUUUUGACGGGCGUGAUAGUUGGAGAGUUUUGGGUCUUAAGCACGGGCCACAUUUAUAAAAUUGUUGGUGAUUAUAAUUACUUAAUUUGCUUUUUGAACACUGUUUACUGCAACUGUUGAAAUUUUAUCGACGAUAUAUCUUUGCUCCCUGAGCGCAGCCAAAAGUUUUUUGGCUGGUCUGCCACGCAUCCUCUAUGAAGUUGCGAGGAAACUUCAUGCAUGAUGCCUAUAUUAGUGGGCAUCUCCAGUCCCGAGUUCCCAUCUCACGACCAAAUUAAGAGUGAAACGGAUCAAGUUAGUUGCAUUAUUUGCUAGCCAGCUCGAUUCCAUGGAUUGCAAGCGGAUUAAUGGAGGAGAGGACGGUGGGGCACUACUACCGGAUGAGCGGAGGCUGGAGAGAGGGCUUGGAUCGGCUAAGGGCAGCUGGAGGGUCCCUAAGACGAAGCACGGCGGGCGCACAGCCCACAAUAUGUCCUCCUCCUCCCUAAGAAAGAAGUCGGACCUGACGCUGCUGUCCAAGGUCCGGCUGGGCUUGGUGUCGGCCGUGCUGGCCAACCUACAGGAAGUCAUUCUCGGCACCAAACUCUCCGUCCUCUUCCCCGCCAUCCCCGUUGCCUUCAUAGCCUACUUCUACCACUUUGGAAAUGUAUGGAUCUUCGCGCUGAGCCUACUGGGUCUCACGCAACUCGCGGAACGUGUAAGCUUCCUGACAGAGCAGAUUGCACUUUACACUGGACCAACAGUUGGGGGUCUCCUGAAUGCGACGUGCGGAAAUGCCACCGAGCUGAUAAUAGCGAUAUUGGCUCUAGCCAAGGGCAAAAUGGAGGUUGUCAAGUGCUCCUUGCUGGGCUCUGUUCUUUCCAAUAUGCUGCUGGUGCUGGGGACUUCCCUCUUCUUGGGAGGACUCAAGAAUAUGGGAAAGGAGCAGAAGUUCGACCAAACGCAAUCCGGAGCCACUUGCAGUCUUCUCCUGAUGUCCUCGCUCUGCCAACUGCUGCCUUUGAUUUUCAGCUAUUUUGAGAGCACCGGUUCUGUGCCCCAAGGUUCCCCUUUGCACUUGUCCAGAGCGGGCAGCAUCCUCAUGCUCAUCGCUUAUGCCGCAUACCUUUUCUUUCAACUCAGAACACAUCGCCAACUGUUCGAGGCCACAGAGAUGACAACAUUUGAAGAUGAGGAUGGUGAGGUUAAUGAAGAAGAAGUAGUCAUAGGUUUGUGGAGCGCCGUCUGUUGGCUACUUGGAAUGACGGCCAUAAUCUCAAUCCUCUCGGAAUUAGUGGUUGGCACCAUUGAGGACGCGUCGGAGACAUGGGGCCUAUCUGUGAGCUUUGUCAGCGUAAUCCUACUACCUAUUGUUGGAAAUGCAGCAGAACAUGCAGGCUCAAUCAUUUUCGCAAUGAAGAACAAACUGGAUAUCUCUUUGGGGGUUGCCAUGGGUUCCGCGGCCCAGAUUUCUCUCUUCGUGGUUCCCUUGAUUGUAAUUGUCGGUUGGAUAAUGGGAAUCGAUAUGGACCUUGAUUACAAGCUCCUGGAGACAGCUUCCUUCAUCAUGUCGGUCAUCGUCACGAUGCACAUUCUACAGGAUGGUGUUUCCCACUAUAUGAAGGGAUUGGUCCUGCUUCUCUGCUACCUUAUGAUCGGAGCCACCUUCCUUUUGCUUCAGACUCCCUCAUGCGCAGAGCACAAUAAGAGAAUCCCCGUUGUUGGCGGAAAGCAGUCAUUGAGAAGAGACAUCCUUGUGUAGGGGAAGCUUGUUAAUCACCCUCAUGCACCAAAUUUCCAAAAUACAGAGGUGGCUCCAUUGGGCCCUAGCUGAGUCACCCAUGCACGAGGGCAGUGGGGGAGAGGGACUCGUCCGCAUACGUUUCCCUCUCUUCAAGUCUUCGUGCCGCCAUCCAAGGAGGAAGAAGCGAGAUGAAAAAGUUGAUCCCGUGUUUCAUAUGCAUGUUUUAUUCGUGCAAAAUAUGAGUCACCGUGAGCUCCUAUAUAGGUUUUGGCGCCUGAUCGGCUGUAGUGUAUUCCCGUUUUUCAUCUUCAGUGGAUCAUCUUUUUGUUGCCUA